AUGCACCACCGCCAUGCUGGCCGUCGACGCAAGAUGGACGAUGAGAGCCUCAAGCGUAGGCAGACAGGCGACGAGGCCAAGCUCAACGCCAUGGGUCGGCUCUAUGCCAAGAUCGUCGGCUUCUCAGUCAUCACGCGGUACAUGGUCUACGUCGUGCCGGUUGGCAUCUUGCUGGCUGUCCCGCUCAUUGUACUUCCUCUGACCGGCCACAAGAACGACAUUUACCUUGGCAGCCACGACAAAAGCAGAGGUCCUCCUCUGUUCAAGCUCUUCUUGUGGAUUCAAAUCUCCUGGCUGUCUCUAUGGGGUGUCAAAGCCGCCGCCUGGUUUCUCCCUCACGCCUUCAUGUUCUUCUGUGGUAUCGUCAGUGCUGGCACUCGCAAGUACGCCACCGUCUUGAGCAACCUGACUAUUGUCAUCUCCAUCUUCUUCUGGGGCCUGGCUUCUUGGCUCACCUUCAAGAGCAUCUUUGCCCAGGCCUUCUCAGAUGACAUUACUUGGGUUGUCAACCUCGAACGUGUCCUCGGCGCCUGCUUCGUCUCCUCCGCUAUCCUUCUCGGUGAAAAGGCCAUUGUUCAGCUCAUCGGUGUGUCUUACCACCAGCGGUCCUUUGAUAAUCGCAUCAAAGACUCCAAGAGGGAAAUUCACCUCCUGGGUCUCUUGUAUGAUGCUUCCCGUACUCUGUUCCCCAUGUACUGCCACGAGUUUGCCGAAGAAGACUACAUCAUCGAAGAUAGUAUCGAGAUGAUGCUUAGACGGAAGGCUGGCAAGUCCGCCGUCCCUGGCGCCGUGGCCCCUAUGAGGAUCAUCGGAGACGUCGGCCGAUUUGGUGACAAGGUGACGUCUGUCUUUGGCAAUCUUGCGAGUGAAAUCACUGGCAAGCACGUCUUCAACCCCAACUCGGCCCACUCCAUUGUCAUUGAAGCUCUCGAGAAGAAGCGAUCGUCUGAGGCUCUCGCCAGGCGUCUCUGGAUGUCCUUUGUCAUAGAAGGCAGAGAUGCUCUGUUCCCAGACGACGUCGAAGAGGUUCUUGGUCCAGCAUACAAGGCGGAGGCAGAAGAGGCCUUUGAGGCCAUUGAUACUGACGCCAAUGGGGAUAUCAGCCUCGAAGAAAUGGUCCGCAAGGUCGUUGAGAUGGGCAAGGAAAGAAAGGCAAUUGCCGAAGGAAUGAAGGAUAUUGGACAGGCCCUCACAGCAUUUGAUAAGGUCUUGCUGUUCGUCGUCCUGCUCAUCGCCGUCUUCAUCUUCUUGUCCUUCUUCAACAGCAGCCUUCUCACCACCAUUGCUACCGCCGGUACCGCUCUUUUAUCUCUUUCUUUUGUCUUUGCUGUCACCACCCAAGAAUUCCUUGGUUCUUGCAUCUUUCUAUUCGUCAAGCAUCCCUAUGAUGUCGGUGAUCGCAUCGAGAUCUCAGGUACACAGAUGCUGGUUGACCGCAUUUCCCUCUUGUACACCGUCUUCACACGCACCGACAAGAUGCAAGUCUCUCAGGUCCCAAACAUUGUUCUCAAUAACCUUUGGAUCGAAAACGUGACUCGAAGCAAGGCCAUGUCGGAGACCUUCUCCGUUGACGUUUCUUUUGAUACCUCAUUCGAAGAUAUCGAACUCCUUCGUAACGAAAUGGAGAAAUUUGUCCGCUCGCCCGAGAACUCUCGAGACUUCCAGCCCGACUUUGGCAUUGGUAUCGGCGGUGUCAAUAACCUUGACAAGUUGACCCUGAAAAUCAGCAUCAAGCACAAAUCCAACUGGCACAACGACCGCGUUCGGGCCACUCGUCGCUCCAAGUUUAUGUGUGCUCUGGCUGUCGCUAUGAAGAAGAUCCCCAUUCUCGCUCCUGGCGGUGGUGGUGAGGCCUUGGGCGGACCCACGAAUCCUACGUACUCUGUAGCCGUAACCGACCAGUGGGCUGCUGACAGCCGAGACAAGGCGGCCAAGGCAACCGAUGCUUCGCGAAUGGUCCCAUCAAAUGCGGGUCAGACCCCCGAAGAGAUUCAGCAGUCGGAGAAGAACGCCGUCGCAGCCCUCAACACCAACCGAUCUCUUGUCCUCGAGACCUCGGGCAUGUGGGACGCUGAUGCUCGCUCCAUUGCGUCUAGAGAUCCAUCAGACGAAGUAAGCGCGGGAGAUUUGAAAAAGGAGAGCAGCCAGCGUGGUGGCAAACGACGAGCAGGAGAGGGUUUGACCGGCCUUACUCCGAUAGACAGCCAGCACUCGACCUUCCCGCAGUCGGGCACAAGUCCAAGAAUAAGAACCUUUGACGAAGAAGCUCAGACCGGGAUGCCGGGAUCUCAGUUUGGCGCUCACCACGAGGACGGUAUCGGCCGCCAUUCUAGCUACCGAGGCCCCAGCUUCGACGUGAGCCGUACUGAGGACACCCUCCACCUUUCUCCAUCGUUGCAUGUCCCCAACCGUGGCGCGAGCGUGGGUCGACGCCAACGAGGAUCGUCCACGUCCCAUGAGGGCCAGUAA